GCAUCCCAGCUCCUCCGCCGUUAACAUGAGGACGUGGAUUAGCUUAACCGUGUUGUCCGUGGCGGUGGUUAGCACGCUGAGUUUUCCACGUCCUGAUGCCGAGUACAAGAUUCCGACCGUAGGCCUCGGUGCCAGGUCACAAUACUAUGUUCUCCACGACGACGGGACCUUCAAGUAUGGCUAUGACACUGGUGACGGAGCCUAUGAGUCGGCGAUGGCAAAUGCUCCCGGGGGACGUCUCUGGCUCCUUUGGGUACAAGGAUGCAUCCGGGGCAGACAUAAAGCUGGAUUAUACAGCUAAUGACCAAGGCUUCCUUGUCAGUGGAUCAUCUACCAGUUGCCCCACUGGCUAACUUUGGCUCGCGUGUAUCCCCAAAAAGUGCAUCUACAACUUACAGUGAUCCUGCUGUCUCUUCGCAACCUAUUGCUUCUACAAAAUCUGCAGCUCCACAGACACCGCUUGAAGAAGCUCAAAUACGAAGCUCUGCUCUUGGCGAUGGAAGUUACUCUUUCUCCUACGAGAAUCAGAGAAGCUCACGUCACGAAACAGCAGAUGCUCUCAACAACGUCAAGGGAAGGUAUUCCUUUAUUGCUGAUGAUGACGUAAAUAGGCAAAUCCAGUACAUUGCUGGAGCUGACACUGGUUACAUUGCUGAAGGAGAUUCCCUUCCUCAAGGACCACCUGUUCCAGGCGCAGAAUCUGGAAUUCCAACUGGACGAAUUCUUCCUGUUCUGUCUGAGCAACAGGCUAACAAACUUGCUGCUGCGACUUCUGGUUCUGCAAGUGCUAGCCCUCUGACUGCUGCCACCUACAGUUCUCCUCUUGACUCUGCUCCAAGGGACGCCUCUUACUCUUUCAGUUAUGAUGCUGGUCAAAGCUCUCGAUCGGAAAGUGCUGAUCCCAACCUUAACGUACAGGGAACUUUCAGCUUUGAUGCCGAUGAUGGCGUUCGAAGGACUGUGAACUAUGUUGCUGGAUCUGCUACUGGUUUCGUUGCUGAAGGUGAUCACUUACCUAUUGCUCCAGACACUGAUUUUGGAUCUCGAAUUCAGUCUUCCAGUUCAGGCGUUGUGUCAACCAAGAGUGCAGCUACAACCUAUGUUGCUCCAGCUCCUUCACAACCUGCUGCCUCAACAAUACCAGUUGAAGUAGCACAAGUACGUAGCUCAGCUCUUGACGAUGGAAGUUACUCUUUCUCCUACGAGACUCAAAGUAGCUCACGACAUGAAAGUGGAGAUGGUCACAACAAUGUCAGGGGAAGGUAUUCCUUUGUUGCCGAUGAUAAUAUAAAUAGGGAGAUCCAGUAUAUUGCUGGAGCUGACACCGGAUACAUUGCUGAAGGAGAUUCCCUUCCUCAAGGACCACCUGUUCCAGGCGCAGAAUCUGGAAUUCCAACUGGACGAAUUCUUCCUGUACUGUCUGAGGAAGAAGCUAACAAACUUGCUGCUGCCACUUCUGGUUCUGCAAGUGCUAGCCCUCUGACUGCUGCCAUUUACAGUUCUCCUCUUGACUCUGCUCCAAGGGACGCCUCUUACUCUUUCAGUUAUGAUGCUGGUCAAAGCUCUCGAUCGGAAAGUGCUGAUCCCAACCUUAACGUACAGGGAACUUUCAGCUUUGAUGCCGAUGAUGGCGUUCGAAGGACUGUGAACUAUGUUGCUGGAUCUGCUACUGGUUUCGUUGCUGAAGGUGAUCACUUACCUAUUGCUCCAGACACUGAUUUUGGAUCUCGAAUUCAGUCUUCCAGUUCAGGCGUUGUGACAACCAAGAGUGCAGCUACAACCUAUGUUGCUCCAGCUCCUUCACAACCUGCUGCCUCAGCAGCACCAGCUGAAGUAGCACAAGUACGUAGCUCAGCUCUUGACGACGGAAGCUACUCUUUUCUCCUACGAGACUCAGAGUAGCUCACGACAUGAAAGUGCGGACGCACAGAACAAUGUCAAGGGAAGGUAUUCCUUUAUUGCUGAUGAUGACGUAAGUAGGGAGAUCCAGUAUAUUGCUGGAGCUGACACCGGAUACAUUGCUGAAGGAGACUCCCUUCCUCAAGGACCACCUGUUCCAGGCGCAGAAACUGGAAUUCCAACUGGACGCAUUCUCCCUGUCCUAUCUGAAGAAGAAGCCAAUGCUCUAGCAACAGUCUCACCUCUUAAGUCUGGAGAGGGGAGUGACAACGCAGACACUCAGGCAGAUGCUUCAUACAGAUUUUCCUUUGAUUCUGACAGUUAUUCACGGACUGAGGAAGCUGAUGCUGAUGGCAACAUUGUCGGAAGCUACACCUACGUAGAUGAAGAUGGAGAAGAACAUACUGUUAACUUUGUAGCAGGAAGGAAAACUGGAUUUUCCCCCGAGGGAUACCCUCAACCCACAGCAGCUGCAGGAGAUGCAA